AUGUUGCAGGAGGGCGGCGAGUCGUGGCAGGAGGCUGGCCGCCGCCUCACGCUGUACGGGCGCGCCGCCAAGUUCCGGAGACAGAAGAAGGCCGCCAAGACGCUCGGCAUCGUCGUGGGCGGCUUCCUGCUCUGCUGGUUCCCCUUCUUCCUCAUCCUGCCCAUCGACGCGUCGUGCUCGUCGUGCGACCUGUCCGGCGCGCCGUUCACGUUCGCCUUCUGGCUGGGCUACUUCAACAGCUGCAUCAACCCGUUCAUCUACGCGUGCUCGUCGCGCGAGCUGCGGCGCGCCUUCCGCGCCACCCUCUGCUGCGCCUGCCGCGGGAGGCGGGCCGCCGGAGGUGGCGCCACCGGCGCUGGUGGCGCCUCCCGAAACCACGACGAUAAGCUGCGGCGCUCCCCGUGA